AUGUUGAACAACAAUGGUUUUAAUGGCGGCUUAAAUCAAGUAAACGCAUUUCAAAAUAGUAGUGUUCCUUCCCAAAAUAGUAGUAGCCACAUUCAAAAUAGUAGUGCCCUAUUUCCAAACAGAGCUAAUAAGACCCCUAACCUCUGUAAUAGCAUGUUUGUAAGCAAUAAUAAUAACUUUUGGAAUGGUAUGAAAAACACAAAUAGUAAUAUUAAUGACUCUACUGAAGGGGUUAUUAACAGUAUGUAUGUAGAUGAACAUUUUAACAGAGGCCCCCUGGCGCAUGACUAUAGUAGUAAUAGUAACAUGCUUGGUAAUAGCAUAAAUAACAAUAUAGAUAUUAAUAAUUUACAAAGUAAUAUUAAUUUUUUUAUGAACAAUGAAGAAGGACGAAACUACAACAACCAAGAUGUUUUGUUUACUCAAGUUAAACAAAAUGUUUCAAUUUUUGGAAAUAGACCCAAAAAUAGCCCUCUGUUUAAUAAUGUGACAAGAGAAAAUAGGGCCGAAAAUAGGGCCGAAAAUAGAAGCGAAAAUAGGGCCGAAAAUAGAAGCGAAUAUAGGGGCGAAUAUAGAAGCGAAUAUAGGGGCGAAUAUAGAGGCGCAAAAAGAAGCCAGAGUAGGGGCACAAGGAAGGGCGAAAUUAAAAGCGAAUUUAAAAACGAAAAUAAAAAUGACAUUAUGAACGAAAUUACAAACAACAGUUGGAACGAAGGUAGAAACGAAUCCCCUCACUUUCGAUUCAACGAUUUUGUAAGUAGAGAUAAGUCAAUAUUUGGUAACAGGUUGAGGGAAGGAAAAUUCCUUUUCACACAUAUGAAAAAUGUAAAUCCAGUUUCAUUAUCAAUGAAUGAUCCAAAUGUUAAUUAUUCUACGAAUGCCAAUGUACUACACGUAGGUAAUCAAGAUGGUAGCAAUUAUGCUACUGUUAAUUAUGAUUUAAAGAAUUGUUCUUCCGGCAUGUACAGUGCAUGUAAUAACAAUGGUAUUAUGGCCAAAAAUGCCGGUAUCGUAACAAACGCGCAGAACGGCCUAACUUUCAACGCAUAUGAUAAUGUUAGCAGUAGCAAUUUGAACGGGGGUAAUGUGAAUGGAAGUGGUGCUAAUAAUGGUCUCUUUUCGAAUGCACAUAGCUGUUUACCACCUAGGGGCAGUGAACUAGGCUCAGGGGGGUUCAAUUCCAUUAACAUUUCCGAUAAUUUCCCCAAUAACAUUCAUAACCCAUACCUAUUUCCCAACAGUGCAACGAAUAGUGAACCUAUGCAGGUUAACUAUGCUCUGUUCAACGGAGGGAAUGGGACAAAUAUCCAUGCCAAUUUACCAUACAAUCAUAAUGAAUCAAAUAGUUUAGCCAAUUAUUCGAAUUUUUUACAAAACAUUAAUAGUAAUAGUAAUAACAAUAUUAAUAAUAAUAUUAUUAAUAAUAAUAAUAUUAAUAAUAAUAUUAAUAAUAAUAUUAAUAAUAAUAUUAAUAAUAAUAAUAAUAUUAAUAAUAAUAUUAAUAAUAAUAAUAAUAAUAAUAUUAAUAAUAAUAAUAAUAAUAAUAAUAAUAUGUUAUUCCAAAAUGGUAGCUGCACAAACAGCAUGAACAGUGGAAAUCACUUUGCGCUGAAUAACUCAAACGUAAUGGGUUCGGAUGGUCUUGUAGCGAGUAGCAGUCAUUUAAAUAACUUGAACAAGAACAAUGCAUUCUACAGUAAUAUUAGCAGUGGUGUUAUAGGCAAUGUUAGUGGUGUCGGCAAAAUGGAGCAGGGGAAAAACUUAAGUUGUAACAGCCUCAAACGUAGUAGCCAAGUUGUUGUUGGAAACACAAACUUAAGCAAUCCUUUUAAUUAUAAUGGAAAUUCUCAUUUCCCUGUAGGAGGACAAAAUGAUACUACAAAAAAUGAAUUAAACGAAAUGGUAAGUCAAAUUCAAUUUAACAAUAAUAACGAUAAUAGUAAUGAUAAUAAUAAUAAUAAUGAUAGUAACAAAUUAAAUGAAAUACCCUUCACCAAUGAAAAUGAAAUUUUGUUUGAACAAAAUUAUAUACAGAAUAACCUAAAGAAGAGAAUACUCUUUUUUAAUGAAAAUUUUAUUAAAUCGUUAGAAUCAAUUAAUAAUCAUAAUUUAAAUAGUUAUAAUGAAAACAGGUCUACUAUAUAUACCUUUCCAUGUUCAGAACCUUUUAAUAAUGCUAUAUUUUAUAUAAAAGGAAUUGAAGAAUGUAAAAAUGGAGAUCGCUUUGAUGUUGACAAUGCAUUAUAUAAUAAAAUUAUUUUAAAAAAUAAUACAUUUGAGUUUACUGUUUUAAAAAAUAUUAAUAACAAUGAAAAAAUAAAUCAUGAAGAUAUUGCUUUAGAUAUAUAUUACCCAUUAUUACAUGUAGAAAAAAUAAAAUUUAGACAACCCCUCACAGCUGAAAUUUCAAACCAGCAAAUACACACACCAUUUGAAUUAGGAAAAAUACCAACAGUUAUUUAG